AUGAUCCAAUUCAAGCAUCGAUUUCAGCUAAUCAUUUUCGUGAAGAACCGUCAAGAGGAUCUAUUUAAAGGUUUGAAGGAACUUUAUGAAUUUGAAGUAAAUGAAGAUGUGCCUCGGGGCUAUAUUAUUGGCACCAUUAACAAUCAGUCAAAAUCAGACUUCAAAUUUGCAUUCAAGGAAACGGUACACAAUGAAUAUUUUGAUAUAGAAAAAUCUACUGGAAGAAUCACUACGAAAGUUGAGAUGGAUUAUGAGAAGAUAAACAAUAUUUACUUGACAAUAAUUGCAUCAAAUAUCAAGAAUUCUCGUGCCGUGCGAAUUAUCAUCGUUCAUGUAAUAAUCGUGGAUGUCAACGACAAUUAUCCAACUUUUAUGGAGAAUACGACAUGGUUGGUUGUUAGAGAAAAUUCCCAAAUGGGCACAUACAUCGGAAGGAUAAAAGCGGUAGAUCUGGAUUCUGGGAUCUACGGGGAAGUGCGAUAUUCCCUGGGAGAGGAUGCACCGGAUGCGGUUAUUAUCGAUAAACACAGUGGCAUUAUUACUCUAGCUGGAAAUUUUGAUCGUGAAGAGAAAAAUUUUUAUCGUUUUGGAGUUCGAGCAACAGAUGGUGGUGGACUAAGCUCAAUGAUAAAAGUUUAUUUAUUCAUAGCUGAUGAAAAUGAUAAUCCGCCUGUGCUUGAAAUGGAAUAUAACUUAUCUGUUAAGGAAGAUGUACCAGUUGGAAAUAUUAUACAGAUUAUUAAAGUUUCUGAUUUAGAUACAGAUAAUGAUUUCAAUUUCCAUAUCUCCAUGCAAGGUAAUGAAAGAAAUCAGUUUGGAAUCCAUAACGAUGGGAAGCUAUUUGUGAAAUCUCCACUGGAUAGAGAACAGUGUGCUCGACAUUUAUUACAUGUUUUCGUUGCUGAUCAAAAACCACCUAAUUUAGUACGAACAGCAUCAGUAAUUGUUACCAUAGACGUUUUGGACGUUAAUGACAAUUUGCCGGUUUUUAUUUCACCCCAGCCGAUGUUGGUGGAAGAAGAGGCUCCAAUUGGUUCGAUCGUUGGGACAAUAAAUGCAACUGAUGCUGAUAAGGAUGAUACCCCACAUAUUCAUUAUCGAAUCGUACCAAACUCUCAUCCUGAAGGAAUCUUCAUUAUCGAUCCACUUCUUGGGCAAAUACAAGUCAAUGGCAGAAUUGAUUACGAAAUGAAGAAGGAAUAUAGUUUAUUAGUGGAGGUAUAUGAUGGUGAUAAUCAUAUACCUAGUUUAACCAAUCUAACAAUAAAGGUGCUUGAUAAGGACGAUGUUGAGCCUGAAAUGUACAAUAUUUACAAUGCUUCUGUUGCCGAAAAUGCUAUUAUUGGAGAAGUGGUCACUAGAAUAAACCUUAAAAACGCAGAAAAGGUUGGAAGUUCAACGAGGUUAUUUGAAAUUGAUGAUGGAGACCCGUUACAUUACUUUGCUAUAUCACCAAGAACUGGAAUAAUAACGGUGAACAGGGAACUGGAUGCUGAGCUUGUGUCCGCUUUUAAUCUGACAGUUUCUAUACGAUCAUUUUUCGAUUCAAAAAAACGCUCCACUAUAGUAAAAAUUAAUGUGAUUAAUGUGAAUGAUAAAACCCCAACAUUUAUUGAUGGCGAUCACAUGACCAUUCUAGUCAGUGAAAAUAUAUCUGGUCCUUAUCCGAUAAAGCUUGGUGCAGCGACUGCUAUUGAUGAUGAUCCUGGUUUUAAUGGGACAAUUUCAUACGCAAUUAUUCAUGGAAACACAACACUAUUUUCCAUUGAACCAAAUAAUGGUGAAAUUUUUGUACAUGAAAUACUGGAUCGAGAAGUGCAGGACAUUCAUCAAGUUAUCAUCCGUGCGACUGACUUAGGCAUUCCAAGACUGUCAUCAACCAUCUUAGUGUCAGUGAUCGUCCAAGACAUAAAUGAUAAUGAUCCACAGUUCGAGCUCCCCUAUUAUAAAGCCUCAAUACUGGAAAAUUCACCAAUAAAUGUUUCUAUAAUUCAAGUUCGAGCUACAGAUAGAGAUGCUAAUGAGAACGGUCAAAUUAAAUAUAUGAUUCUAAAUGAAGAAAAAAUUCCGUUUCGUAUUGAUGCAUUUUCUGGAAACAUAUAUUCAACUGAAUCGCUGGAUCGAGAGAAAGUUUCAACAUGGCAAGUGGAAGUGAUUGCUGCUGAUAAUGGCAAAUUUGUACAGCGCUCGUCUAUAGUUAUAGUUACCAUAGAAAUUCUUGAUGAAAAUGACAAUCCACCGUUGAUUCACAAUGAUGUCUUCGACUUAUAUAUUUCAGAGAACGCAAAAACAGGUCAAAAUAUAAAAUAUCAUAAAUCAAUAGGAGAUAUAAUACAUGCUAUAAUGGCUUCUGAUGCAGACAGUAAUGAUAUUUUGGAGUACCAUCUAACAGGAAUGGAUUCUGAGUCAUUCAGAAUCGACAAAUAUGGAUUCAUACAAGUCGUGGAAAAUUUAAUUAACAAGAGUUAUCUUUUAUCAUUUAAAAUAACUGAUGCAGUUGGUAACAAUGCGACAAUUGACUUGAAUUUUUAUACGACGACAGCUGCGAAAUUUCCUCAGUUUAAAAAUUUGUCGGUAUUAUCUUAUGAAGUGAAAGAAGGAGAAGAAAAGCUUAUCGCAACUCUUAAGGCAUUUUCUUUAAAUACUUCAUCCAGUGGUAUAAUUUACGAGAUCGUUGGUGGUGAUUCAGCUAAGGAUUUUAUCCUGAAUCGACAAACUGGCGAAUUGUUCUCAACGAAAAAAACUGAUUAUGAAAGGAAAUCUGCAUAUGUAUUAUUAAUAGCAGCAAUUGAUCAACAUUUCCAUCCUUAUAUAUCUUAUCUUAAAUUAAGAAUAAAUAUAAGUGAUAUCAAUGAUAACGCUCCAGUAUUUGAUAAGAUCUUGUAUGAGUGCGAAAUAGGCGAAAAUGUCGAUCCUGACACUAAAUUCUGCAAAAUUUCUGCAACCGAUAAAGAUGCUUCAACAAAUGGUCUUUUGAAAUAUUCGAUAGACGAAAAAGAAGCAAAAAAAUAUUUCUGGAUUAAUGAGCAAUCUGGCGAAAUAUUCACUCGAAUUUCUCUCGAUGCAGAUUUGAAAGCAGUGCAUCGUUUUACUGUGAGCGCUGUUGAUCAAGGCUCUCCUCAAUUGAGCCAAACUGCCAUUGUUAACGUGCAUAUACUAGAUGAAAAUGACAAUUCACCAAAGUUUUCAAGACUAUUCAAUGCGGAAAUAACAGAGAAUAGUCCUAGAGGAACCUUUGUAACUCAGGUGACAAGUGUGGAUGCGGAUGUUUUCAGCAACAUUAGUUAUGCACUAGAAGGCGAUGAUUCGAUGAGUUUCGCAAUCAAUCCAAAGUCAGGAAUUGUUAAGACAGUAACUGAAAUUGAUAGAGAAUUUAAAUCCGAGUAUUCCCUGAAAGUUCGUGCUACAGAUGGUAUUUGGCAAGUUCUUAGGUCAUUAACAGUCAAAGUUCUCGACUUGAAUGAUAACGCACCAUUAUUUAGCAAUAGCCAAUAUGUGUUCAAUGUUCCCAUCUUAACGAUCAUUGGUGAGGAUAUUGGUCAAAUAAAGGCAACAGAUGCGGAUUCCGGUUUGAACGGAAAGAUUCGAUAUACUCUUCGUUGUCCUAAUGAUUAUUUUGUGAUCAAUGCUCUAAAUGGAACAAUUCGUCUUUUAAAGGAAUUUCAUUUCGAUGCGAAUACCACAUUUCGAUGUGAAGCGAAGGCAAUCGAUCAUGGAAUACCACAAUUUGAAUCGAAGGUGAAUUUGUGGAUAAUUCUAACGGAGGUAGAUGAUGGAAGGCGAAGCUGUCCUUCUGUCAUUUCAGUAACUUUUCCUUUGCCUAUCAAUUCCCAAAGUGGUGACAUAAUUGCCAACUUGAUGCACUUGGGAUUCGACCAGAAGACCAAAUUUGCUGUGGAUGAUCCAAGAUUCGCAAUUAAAGAAUAUUCGUUGAUCGCCGUUUCGAAUAAAUUUGAUACUAAAAAAAUAUCUUUGUUAAUAUCAGCUACUUCCCGCGAAAAUCCAAUGAUUUUUUGUAAUUUCACUGCAACACUUGAAUUAACCGAAGACAAUAUGAAUUCACCGAAGUUUACUAAAGAAAAAUAUAUAUUUAAUGUAACAGAAAAUUCGCCUUUAUUUUCUGAAAUUGGUUCUGUGCUUGCGAGAGACGACGAUAAAGGAAUAAAUGGGCGAAUUUCUUAUCAUAUUAGGAACAUUACUAGUUUUCCAUUCAAUAUUCAUUCCAAUAAUGGAUCCAUUUAUGUGAAUGGGCCGAUAGAUUACGAGGAAGAUCAUGAGUUUAAACUUUUGAUUGAGGCAAUAGAUGGUGGAUUUAUAAACAAGAAUAGUUCAGUCGAAGUCUCAAUUUUGGUGUCCGAAAAUGCAGCGAUUGGUACAGAAAUCGGACGAGUGACAGCGACGGACAUAGACUCUCAUCCUUACAACAGCACCGUUUAUAUUAUUAUUUCCGAGAAAGAUAAUUCGUUGCCAUUCUCAAUAAACGAAAAUAGCGGUAUUAUUUCUGUAACGUCGCAACUCGAUUAUGAAUUCAUUUCUUAUUAUCAUUUCCAUAUCGCUGUGAAAAUUUUCAACCUAACCGGAUCGAAUAUUUCCGUUGAUAUAUUCGUAGAAAGCGUCAAUGAAUUUGAACCGAAAUUUUUAAGAAAGGUGGAAACUUUUAAAGAUGCUUGGGAAUCAAUAGCGAUGGGUGUUGCAUCUUUGGCCAUAAGCACUGUCUCGAUAUUCCCAGGAAUUCUCGCUGUUUGCACGAGGACAAUAGUAGGCAAGGUUACUGCGUUAGAUUUCGAUGAUGGCAGGCAUGGACAAAUUUUUUAUGCAAUAAUUGCGAACAAAUUCAUAGAGAUGGAUGAUUAUUUUUCGGAAAUCCUAGUGAAAAGGAAUCUUCUUGGCGAUCUUCUUGAAGAAGUUGAACUUGAAAUUGCAGCUUUCGGUGGAAAAAUUAAUCGUUUCAGUAACAUCCAACCUGAUAUAUGCCAAAUAUUAAUCAAAUUUACCGAAACACCACCAAUCCCCUUAAUGGAACCAAAUUACUUGUUGCAAAUGUCAGAAGAUGCUCAACCUGGAACGCGAAUCGAUUUUUUGUCAUUUUCUUUGCCGCAUGGUUCGAAAGCAGAAAUUGUCGAAUCAGAAAGGCAAACUGAUCAAGUUUACUGUAUGAAUGUUGACAGUUCAUUGAGGCUUUGUGGACCAAUCGAUCGUGAGCGGCUUGCCAAACAUUUCUUAACUGUACAUUUGCUUGAAGGAGACGUGGUAAGGUCGAGAACCAAGAUUACCAUACUGAUCCAAGAUGUGAAUGAUUGUGCACCAACAAUCAACCCAAGUAGUGCAGUUGGUUUCAUACGCGAAAAUUCUCCAUCACAUUUCCCCAUUAUGAAACUAAAUCCAGUCGACAAUGAUUUUCCACUGACUCAGAAACUAUUUACAUACAAAAUUAAAAGUGACGAAAUGAAUAAGAUAUUUUCAAUUGGCGAAUACUCGGGAAUACUUUCAAGUCUUCGAACUUUUGAUAGAGAAAAGCGGUCGCUCUACCAAAUUCCCAUUGAAAUUACGGACAAAGGAAGGCCGCCACGUUCAUCCUUGCAAUACGUUCGAGUACAUAUCGACGAUGUGGAAGACAAUACUCCAUCCAUGCAACCGCGUAACAUUAUUAUUGAGAGCAGCGAAAAUAGUCUCUUGGGAAACGUAGCCACAACUUUGCCGGUUAACGCGGAUGAGGUGACGAAAUAUACAUGUAAAGCGAUUAACGCAAGUUUCAGCGAUUUCGUUGUUAGUUUUUGUCUAUUAUUUUCUAUCGGACAUUUUUUCGCGUAA